GCUACCAAUUCCUCCGUAAUCCCACCCUCAAAUUAUUUACAUGAUAAGACCCCGGGUUUGGGUAUAUAACAUCUGGUAUCAGAGCUCUUUGUUCCUACAUCCCAAAGGACCAAGAACACACUUCCACUCUUUCUCCUUUCCUUCAUACUAGCUACUGCCUUACCUUCGUUCUUUCACUUCCUAGUUCAAAACAUGUCUCACACCUCCCAAAACAUCACCAAGGAAGAUUUGGUUGCAUCCAAUGCCGAACUCAAAGCUCAAGUUGAGUAUUUGGCCAAACAGGUGGCUCAACUUACUAAGUUGAAAAUGGGCAUGGUCCAAACUCCAGAGGAAAGCGAAGAUGAGCAAGAAGAUGAUGUCGAAUCCGUAGUUCCUUCUCCCACCAUGAGAAGAAACAACCAAGAGAAGUCUUCAUCUGACUUCAAGGUUGAAAUACCAACCUUCGAUGGAAAAGAUGACCCGGAUGAUUUCAUCGAAUGGUUAGAGAUGAUUGAACGCGUCUUUGACUAUACCGAAGUGCUGGAGGACAAGAAGGUCAAGCUUGUGGCCUUAAAAUUCAGAGGCUACGCAUCUACGUGGUGGACUAACACUACCACCAAGCGCAAAAGAGAAGGCAAGGCUGCUGUUAAAACAUGGACCAAGAUGAGAGCUUUAUUGAAGAAGAAGUUCAUUCCCACUCAUUAUAUAAGGGAAAACUUUGCUAGGCUUCAACACCUAAGGCAAGGAAAUCGGUCCGUAGAAGAAUACAACUGAGAGUUUGAAGAACUCUUGAUGCGGGAAGUCAUAAAGAAAUACAAGGAAGAAAGAACACUUAUUCUA